GCCCGCGGAGUUCCGGGCUCCACGCCGGCUGCAGCGCCCCGCCCCGCCCCGCGCCUCCCGCGCCGCCCUGCAGCUCCCAGCCGCCUCGCGCUCUCCGCCUCCCCGGGUUCAGCACCCGGCCGCCGCUGGACCAGAGGAGCAAGGAGCUGCCCCUUGUGUCUCCCAGCCCUUCAGCGAGAGUCUGGAAAGGGAUCAGAGGUGAUAUUGCAGUGGAUGAGCAGAGAAAAGCCUGCUUCCAGUGCUCCUGAGCUUGUCUGGCCAUAGGGAGCCUGCCGGGGGAAUUUACAGCUUCAGAAGACUCCUGGAGCACCUCCCUUUGAGCAGUCAGUGCGUCUCUGCUGGAGGACCUGGGCUGGGUGUGCCCAGGAGCUGGCUGUGUCAGGCUUUCCCUGGACCUCACUGAACAGCGUUGCCAGCCACACAGCUUUCCAACACAGCACCUCUUUCAUGCUGUUUGGCACAGAUCGAAUCUAUAGGUUAUACAAUGGUAGAUGGAGUAAUGAUCCUUCCUGUGCUAAUGAUGAUGACUUUUCCUUCCCCGAGUAUGGAAGAUGAGAAGCCCAAGGUCAACCCGAAACUUUACAUGUGUGUGUGCGAGGGCCUCUCGUGCGGGAACGAGGACCACUGUGAAGGCCAGCAGUGUUUCUCCUCCCUGAGCAUCAACGAUGGCUUCCAUGUCUACCAGAAAGGCUGCUUUCAGGUUUAUGAGCAGGGGAAGAUGACGUGUAAGACCCCGCCGUCGCCUGGCCAGGCUGUGGAGUGCUGCCAAGGGGACUGGUGUAACAGGAACAUCACGGCCCAGCUGCCCACUAAAGGGAAGUCCUUCCAUGGAUCACAGAAUUUCCACCUGGAAGUCGGCCUUAUCAUCUUGUCAGUGGUGUUUGCAGUAUGUCUUUUAGCUUGCAUCCUUGGAGUUGCUCUCAGGAAGUUUAAAAGACGUAAUCAAGAGCGCCUGAACCCCAGAGACGUGGAGUAUGGGACCAUUGAAGGGCUCAUCACAACCAAUGUUGGAGACAGUACUCUAGCGGAACUUCUAGAUCACUCAUGUACAUCAGGAAGUGGCUCCGGGCUUCCUUUUCUGGUGCAGAGGACCGUGGCUCGCCAGAUAACCCUGUUGGAGUGUGUUGGGAAGGGCCGGUAUGGAGAGGUGUGGAGAGGCAGUUGGCAAGGGGAAAAUGUCGCUGUGAAGAUCUUCUCCUCCCGCGAUGAGAAGUCGUGGUUCAGGGAGACGGAAUUGUACAACACUGUGAUGCUGAGGCAUGAAAAUAUCUUAGGUUUCAUUGCUUCAGACAUGACAUCCAGACACUCCAGUACCCAGCUGUGGCUCAUUACACAUUACCACGAAAUGGGAUCGUUGUAUGACUACCUUCAGCUCACGACUCUGGAUACAGUUAGCUGCCUUCGGAUCGUGCUGUCCGUAGCCAGUGGUCUUGCACAUUUGCACAUAGAGAUAUUUGGGACCCAGGGGAAGUCUGCCAUUGCCCAUCGAGAUCUGAAGAGCAAAAACAUCCUGGUGAAGAAGAACGGACAGUGCUGCAUAGCAGAUUUGGGCCUGGCAGUCAUGCAUUCCCAGAGCACAAAUCAGCUUGAUGUGGGAAACAACCCCCGUGUGGGGACCAAGCGCUACAUGGCUCCUGAAGUGCUCGAUGAAACCAUCCAAGUGGAUUGCUUUGAUUCUUAUAAGAGGGUCGACAUUUGGGCCUUCGGCCUUGUUCUGUGGGAAGUGGCCAGGCGGAUGGUGAGCAAUGGUAUAGUGGAAGAUUACAAGCCACCAUUCUAUGAUGUUGUUCCCAAUGACCCAAGUUUUGAAGAUAUGAGGAAAGUUGUCUGUGUGGAUCAACAGAGGCCAAACAUACCUAACAGAUGGUUCUCAGACCCGACAUUAACUUCUUUGGCGAAGCUGAUGAAAGAGUGCUGGUAUCAGAACCCAUCCGCAAGACUCACAGCUCUACGUAUCAAAAAGACUUUGACCAAAAUCGAUAAUUCCCUAGACAAAUUAAAAACUGACUGUUGACAUUGUCACCGGUGUCAAGAAGGAGAGUCAAUGCUGUCAUUGUCCAGCUGGGACCUAAUGCUGGCCUGACUGGUUGGCAGAACAGAAUCCAUCUGUCCCCCCCAAUCCCGAAGUGGCUACUCUGACAGAAGCAGAUGUCUCUUCCCAGCCAUGCUCCGGGGGAGACACCAAAAACCACCCUAACCUCGCUCAAAAAACUGUGACUCGAGCACUUGAUGAACUGUUCACACCACAAAGACUAAUGGUGGGCAGGUCUGGUUGCAAGGAGUAGGGAAGUGGAGGAACCCAGAGAGAUCGUGCAGGAGCUCUGGGCAUUAAGGCGGUGGCUCUCUACGUAUCUUUCACGGGUCUCCUAGACACUCCCCAUGGGAAAUUCAAGGAGGUGGUGAAUUCGUAAUCAGCAAUAUUGGCUGCACCUACUUUUCUUUGUUGCACUAGGAAUUCUGUGCAUUCCUUACUUGCACUGUCGCCCUUAAUCUUAAAGACCCAACUUGCCAAAACAUUGGCUGCGUGCUCCACUGGCCUGUCUCUGGAUAAUAGGAAUUCAAUCUGGCAAAACAAAAAAAUGUAACGUUGGACUUUGCUGCAUUUUACACACGUGCUGAUGUUUACAACGAUGCGAACAUUAGGAAUUGUUUAGACACAACUUUGCAAAUUAUUUAUUACUGGUGCACUUAGCGGUUUUUUUUUUCUUUUAAAACAAAACUGCCUCGUGCAUAUGUUAAAGCUUAUUUUUAUGUGGUCUUAUGAUUUUAUUACUGAAAUGUUUUUAACACCCGACUCUGAAACAGACAUUUUCUUUUAUUAUCAGUUAAAUUCACAUUUUAAGUGCUUCACAUUUUUUUUUAUGUGUGUAGACUGUAACUUUCUUUUCAGUUCGUAUGCAGAACGUAUUUAGUCAUUACCCAUUCAACACCACCCAAUAUAUUACUGAUUUAGAAGCAAAGAUUUCAGUAGAAUUUUAGUCCCAAACGCUGUGGGGGGAAAUGCAUCUUCUUUGGAAUUAUCCAUUACGUGCAUUUAAACUCUGCCAGAAAAAAAAAUAACUAUUUUGUUUUAAUCUACUUUUUGUAUUUAGUAGUUAUUUGUAUAAAUUAAAUAAACUGUUUUCAAGUCAAA